GUGUGAUUGGGAUGAUUUAUGGUUACAGUACCAAGGAGCACGAGGAUGGAUGCCUUCAAAUUAUACUGGACUUUGUGAGAAAAUCCUAGCAAAAAGCCAGACUGUGGCUGGGUUUUUCCUGGUCCAGUACGCUCAUCUGUGGCAAGAACAUCUGGAUAGGCUUGUUCAUCUUUUCUCCAUGGGAAAGCUUAAGGUUGCUGUGGACCCAAAGAAGUUUUUGGGCCUCAAGUCUGUUGCGGACGCUGUUGAGUAUCUGCAUUCUGGAAAAAGUGUUGGCAAGGUAGUUGUGUGCAUUGAUCCAACAUACAGUCAACAAGUGGCAAAACUAUGAGCUUAUGUUGCCUAUCUCUGAUGUACAUAUUUUUUCCCUCUUCCUUCCAUUCCGUUUUGAAACAAGGAGUAUAUGUUCCAAUUUUCCAGAAAUUAGUGCUUCUAUCCAAGAGCAAAUUGCCAGACAAAUGCAGAAUAA